AUGGGUACUGGGGCAGUGGUAAUAAUAGCCUGUCGUUCUGUUAGCAUUGGCCGUGAAGCUCUAGAGGAUAUCAAAAACAUCAGUGGUAGUCCUUACAUAUCUUGCGAAGAGUUGAAUCUUGCAUCGUUCGCCAGUGUUAGGGCUUUUGUAGACGGACUCACGAGUAAAGGCAUAAACAAUAUCUACGCUCUGAUAAAUAACGCUGGAGUGUUCUAUUGUCCGUAUAGUGUCACAGAGGAUGGCUUUGAAAUAACAUUCCAAACAAACUACCUUGGUCCGUUCCUGCUGACUAAUCUACUCUUGAAGGCAGGCUUGCUGGGCAAGGGGUCACGUGUCGUGAACGUGUCGUCGGAGAGCCACCGAUUUGUCAACGAUUACAACGUGAUCAGUCAGCGCGUGAUUGUUGCGGGUGACGUCAGCCCCGAAUUGGACCAGUUUAUACGCUACGGCCAGACCAAGUUCUGUCUCAACCUGUUCACGUUGCAGCUGGCUGAGCUCAACAAAAACACAAUCUAUGCGUUCAGCGUGAACCCGGGAAACGUGGAGACAGGCGUUUUGCGUCACUUUUUGGCCAGCGAUCGGGCCAAGUGGUGGCCGCUGUUGAGCAUUUUGCGUCCUCUUUUGGUCAAGACACCCCACCAGGGAGCACAGACUGUUGUGCACGUCACACUCUUUGCCGAGCACCAAGCACAACGUUUGUCCGGCGCCUAUCUCAGUGACUGCAAGCCGCACGAGCCAUCCAAACUGAGCCAAAGCAACCUGCUCGCCGAAGAAUUGUGGUACAUCAGCUUGAAGUGGAGUGGUCUGGACAGCUGA